AUGUCAAGCAAUAAUAAUCUAGACUUAACUUCAACUUCCCCUUUCUCCCUUCAAAACUUGCAAAACCGCCCUGAUCUCCACCUCCAAAUCCCUCCCGAUUCCGAAGACGACACCAACGAAAACACUCCCGGCUCCGGCUCAGGAAGCGGAGACGUCGUCGGGUCCCGUAGGCCACGUGGCCGUCCCCCGGGUUCAAAAAACAAACCAAAACCCCCAGUUAUCAUCACUCGAGAAAGUGCUAACACACUUAGGGCUCAUAUCUUAGAAAUAAGUAGCGGUUGUGACGUUUUCGAGUCGAUUUCAAACUACGCUCGAAAACGUCAACGAGGUAUAUGUAUUGUCAGUGGGAGCGGUACCGUGAAUAACGUGAGUCUCAGACAACCAGCUUCAGCUGGAUCUGUACUCACGCUUCACGGCCGGUUCGAAAUCCUUUCGUUAUCCGGAUCUUUUUUGCCUCCACCUGCUCCACCUGGAGCAACAAGUUUGACUAUUUAUUUAGCUGGUGGACAAGGUCAAGUAGUUGGUGGAAAUGUUGUUGGAGCGUUAAUCGCGUCUGGAUCGGUUAUCGUUAUCGCGGCGUCUUUCACAAAUGUUGCUUAUGAAAGACUACCUUUAGAUGAUCAAGUAGAAGAUGCUAAUACUAACGCUGGUGACGGACAUGGUGGUGGAUUUCCUCAUCCCGAUCCUUCUUCAAUGGGUUUGCCUUUUUUUAACUUGCCUCUUAACAUGCCUAAUGUUCAGUUGCCAGUUGAUGGUGGUGGUGGUGGUUGGUCUGGAAACAUGCCGAAUAGGCCGCCUUACUAACCGUGUUGAAAUCAAGGGAAGAAAAAAAAAAUUAAAAGGUCAGGUGAUUAAUUAAACUCCAUGGAUUAUUAUUAUCAAAAUUAAUCUUGUACAAUAACCUCUCUACUCUACU